AUAGGGUUAUAAAAUUCAAAGGUGUGACAACCGGGAGGGCUCAGCGAUGGAGAAACAAAAGAAAGAGGUGUAGUCAAAUGCUGACCGAGAACAAAUAUUUUUAAAAGAUUUUUAUUUAUUUGUCAGUGAGAGAGAGAGCAAGCACACAAGCAGGGGGAGCAGCAGAGGGAGAAGCAGACUCCCUGCCAAGCAAGGACCCCAACGCGGAACUCGACCCCAGGACCCUGGGAUCAUGACCUGAGCUGAAGGCAGACACUUAACCGACUGAGCCACCUAGGCAUCCCGAGAACAAAUACUUAUUGGUCGUCUGGUGUGUGAGAGAGAGCAUGGGGAGUGAGGGAUAGAGAGGAGAACAAAGACAGAAAGGCAGAAAAGCAGAGACAUGUAGAGGCAUAAACAGUGACAUAGGUAAAGGUUGCCUGAGAUGUAACCACCUAAUGGAGGGAGGGAGUGGGAGAGAGAGAGAGACAGAGGGAAGCUUCAUGAACUAGAACUCACAUGGCCACAGGGUUCCCAAGCUGGGCUCACUCCUGUAGCCAUUUAGUGCAGGUGGUCUUGGACCUGCCUUUCACUCCACCCACUUGGACAGCCCCGCACACUUACAUACCUUAGACACUCUUUCACACACUCAUACUCUUGCGUAUACUUUGACAGAUCACAUUUCACUCUCACCUUCCCGAUGCUCACACGCAUGAUCAUGCCUUCACACACACAUAUGCACACAGAUAUCUGCACUUUUGCAGUCUCUCAAACACACUCUUGCACACUCUCCAGCAGAGACCCCUGAUGGCAAUGAGGAGAUGUCUACUCUGGGAAGGCAGAGACUUGCCAAGGUCGCGUGCCACGGCAGGGAAGAGCUGGGGAGUCCUAACCCCACGCUGGGUCCAGCUCUCCACCCGGGUCUGACCGGCUGCCCCUUAUCCCCGGCCCAAGCCAGGCCCUUGGGGUCAUGGGGCCUGGGGAGGCACCGUGGAAUGUUCCUGGCAUGUGCUGACAGGGGAUUUCAUGCUCUGGCUGGGCCGGGAGGAGCCUGCUGGGCAGAGGCCUGAAGCUGGAGACUCAGGAGGGCACCCGGGGGAGGCAGCAAUGUGAGGACGGCAUCGGACUGGUUCUCUGCCACUGACCACAUCAGCCUCACUGCUCUCCUGGGCUCCUGGAGCCUGCUGGACUCUGAGCAGCUGUCCUCCCUGAGGGGCUGUGAAUAGUGAGAAGAGAGCAGGGUUGGGGGUGGCAGGAAAGAAGAAGGGUGAGACUGAAGAGGAGGAAAGGUGAGAGAGACAGAGACUGACUCAUGGGAAGAGAGGAAAACAGAGAAAGAGAAGGAGACAAAUGGACGAAGAGAGACAAUAAGAAAAGCCAGAGACAUAGGGAGACGGACCCAGCGAAAGACAGAAACAGAGAGAGGAGGCAGGCAGUGGACACUGCGGGAGUCACGGGCAGAGGACCCAGGAUGGCUCUGAGGACCCCCAUCAGGGCUCCCCUGCUCUUCAUGGGGCUGCUGACAGCAGGCCUGGCCCAGUUGCCGCUCCCUGCCUCAGCCCUGCGAGGCUUCUGGGCUCUGCCUGAAAACUUGACGGUGGUGGAGGGGGCCACUGCUGAGCUGCAGUGUGGGGUCAGCGCCCCUGGCAGUGUGGUCCAAUGGGCCAAGGAUGGGCUACUCCUGGGCCCGGAUCCUAGGAUCUCCAGCUUCCCGAGGUACCGCCUGGAAGGGGACCCUACUAGAGGUGAAUUCCACCUGCAUAUUGAAGCGUGUGACCUGAGUGACGAUGCAGAGUAUGAGUGCCAGGUCGGCCGCUCAGAGACAGGCCCUGAGCUUGUGUCUCCCAGAGUGAUCCUCUCCAUCCUGGGUAUGGGUGAGAGACCCCCAGGACACAGGAGUCCAGAUUUCCAGCCCUCUCCUACCCCAGGGCCCGGGAUUCCAAGCCCCCAGUCUCAGGCCCGGGAUUGCACAUCUGAUGAGCAACGAGAUGCCAAACCCAAAUCCUCAUAUUUUUCUCAGUGGUGGCAGCUCACCCCAGACCUUUUCUCACCAGUGCCCCCCAAGGUGCUUCAGCUGACCCCCGAAGCAGGGAGCACAGUCACGUGGGUAGCUGGGCAAGAGUAUGUGGUCAGCUGUGUAUCUGGGGAUGCAAAGCCAGCACCUGACAUCACCUUCUUCCAGAGUGGACAAACAAUUUCUGACAUCUCUGCUAAUGUAAAUGCGGGGUCCCAGGAGAAACUCUUCACCACAGAGGCCACAGCCAGGGUGACACCCCAGAGCUCAGAUAAUGGGCAGCUCCUGGUCUGUGAGGGGUCCAGCCCAGCCUUGGACACUCCCAUCCGGGUCUCAGUCACCAUGAAUGUUCUGUUCCCCCCAGGACCCCCUGUCAUUGAGUGGCCAGGCCUGGACGAGGGGCAUGUGCGGGCAGGACAGAGCUUGGAGCUGUUGUGUGUGGCCCGAGGGGGGAAUCCGCCAGCCACACUGCAGUGGCUGAAGAAUGGCCAGUCCAUGUCCACAGCAUGGGGCACAGAGCAUGCUGAGGCAGUGGCCCGAAGCACGCUAGUGAUGAUUGUGCGACCAGAAGACCAUGGGGCGAGGCUCAGCUGUGAGGCCCACAACAGCGUAUCUACAGGGAUCCAGGAACGCGGGGUCACGCUGCAGGUCACCUUUCCCCCCAGUGCCAUUACCAUCUUGGGAUCUGCAUCCCAGUCCGAGAACAAGAACGUUACACUCUCCUGCAUCACCAAGUCCAGUCGCCCACGGGUCCUGUUACGAUGGUGGCUGGGUUGGCGGCAGCUGGUGCCUACAGAAGAGAUGGUCAUGGAUGGCCUGCAUGGUGGCCACGUCUCCUUGUCCAACCUGACGUUCCUGGUCCGGCGAGAGGACAAUGGUCUGACUCUCACGUGUGAGGCCUUCAGUGAGGCCUUUGCCAAGGAGACUUUCAAGAAGUCACUCACGCUGAAUGUGAAAUAUCCUGCCCAGAAGUUGUGGAUAGAGGGCCCCCCAGAGGGAAAACGGCUCCGGGCUGGGACUCAAGUGAGGCUCCUGUGUUUGGCCAUUGGGGGCAACCCAGACCCCUCUCUUACCUGGCUCAAGGACUCCCGGAUGGUAACGGAACCGCGGCCACCCCAGGAGCCGCGGCGGGUGCAGCUGGGAAGUCUGGAGAAGUCAGGGAGCACGUUCUCCCGAGAGCUUGUACUGAUCAUGGGUCCAUCAGACAACCAGGCCAAGUUCACGUGCAAGGCGGGUCAGCUCAGCGCAUCCACGCAGCUUGUGGUGCAGUUUCCCCCAACAAACGUGACGAUCCUGGCCAAUGCGACGGCUCUGCGCCCAGGGGAUGCAUUAAACUUGACUUGCAUCAGCGUUAGCAGCAACCCUCCUGUCAACUUGUCGUGGGACAAGGAGGGGGAGAGGCUGGAAAGCGUGGCCACACCACCCCGUAGUGCCCCAUUCAAAGGCUCUGCAGCAGCCAGGAGCGUCCUUCUGAGAAUGUCAUCCCGAGACCAUGGCCACCAAGUGACCUGCCGAGCCCACAGCCCUGAGCUCCGGGAAACCAUGAGCGCCUUCUACCGCCUCAAUGUGCUGUACCCUCCAGAGUUCCUAGGGGAGCAGGUGCUUGUGGUGACCGCCGUGGAGCAGGGUGAGGCACUGCUGCCAGUGUCUGUAUCUGCCAACCCUGCCCCGGAGGCCUUCAACUGGACCUUCCGCGGCUACCGCCUCAGCCCAGCUGGCGGCCCUCGGCAUCGCAUCCUGUCUGGUGGAGCCCUGCAGCUAUGGAAUGUGACCCGCGCUGACGAUGGCCUCUAUCAGCUGCAUUGCCAGAACUCAGAGGGCACCGCUGAAACUCUAGUACGGCUGGAUGUACACUAUGCUCCCACUAUCCGAGCUCUCCAGGACCCAACUGAGGUGAAUAUUGGGGGUUCUGUGGACAUAGUCUGCACUGUUGAUGCCAAUCCCAUCCUUCCAGGGAUGUUCAACUGGGAGAGGCUGGGAGAAGAGGAGGAGGACCAGAGCCUGGAUGACAUGGAAAAGAUGUCAAAGGGAGCCACAGGGCGUCUUCGAAUUCACCAUGCCAAACUGGCCCAGGCUGGUGCUUACCAGUGCAUUGUGGACAAUGGAGUGGCACCUCCAGCCCGAGGACUGGUCCGACUUGUUGUCAGAUUUGCCCCCCAGGUGGAGCACCCCACUCCCCUAACUAAGGUGGCUGCAGCUGGAGAUAGCACCAGUUCUGCCACCCUCCACUGUCGUGCCCGAGGUGUCCCCAACAUCGUGUUCACUUGGACUAAAAAUGGAGUCCCUCUGGAUCUCCAGGAUCCCAGGUACACAGAGCACACAUACCACCAGGGUGGGGUCCACAGCAGUCUCCUGACCAUUGCCAACGUGUCUGCAGCCCAGGAUUACGCCCUCUUCACAUGCACAGCCACCAACCCCCUUGGCUCAGAUCACACCAACAUUCAACUCGUCAGCAUCAGUCGCCCGGAUCCCCCAUCAGGAUUAAAGGUUGUGAGCAUGACUCCGUAUUCGGUGGGGUUGGAAUGGAAACCUGGCUUUGAUGGGGGUUUGCCACAGAGGUUCCAAAUCAGAUAUGAGGCACUGGGGACACCAGGGUUCUUCUACGUGGAUGUCCUACCACCUGAAGCCACCACCUUCACACUGACUGGGCUGCAGCCCUCUACACGAUACAGAGUCUGGCUGCUGGCCAGCAAUGCCCUGGGGGACAGCGGACUAACUCACAAGGGGUCCCAGAUCCCUAUCACUACCCCAGGUCUAGACCAGCCUUCUGGAGAACCUGACUACCAGCUGCCCACAGAGCAGCCUGCAGAACCCACAGGGCUGCCCCUGCUGCCUGUGCUGUUUGCUGCUGGGGGUCUUUUGCUGCUUUCUAACAUCUCCUGUGUUGGGGGAUUCCUCUGGCAGCGGAGACUGAGGCGUCUUGCUAAAGGCAUCACAGAGAAGACAGAAGCAGGGUCGGAGGAGGACCGAGUCAAGAAUGAGUAUGAGGACAGCCAGUGGACUGGAGACAGAGACACUCAAAGCUCCACGGUUAGCACAACGGGUGUAGAACCAUAUUACCACUCCAUGAAGAACUUCAGCCCCCAGCUGCCACCAACACUGGAGGAGGUGUCUUAUCCCGGAGGUUUCACACAUCUUGAAGAGGAGGAUAUGGCUUUUCCUGGACACCUGUAUGCUGAGAUGGAAAGACUGUAUGCCCCACCUGGAGCCUGGGGACCCCUCUACGAUGAAGUACCGAUGGGCCCCUGUGACCCCUGCUGGCCUGAGGAGACAUAUGAGGAUACAAGAGGAAUCUACGAUCGGGUGGCAGGAGACUUGGACCCUAUGGAACCUGAUUUUCUACCCUUUGAGCUGAGGGGACAUCUGGUGUGAGAGCCUUCUCAACACCCUUUUCCUACACCUGCAGGACAUAAUAUUCUAAUGGCCCUUUUUAUUCCAACAUGGGCUGAGCGUGUUAAGUGAGCUCCAUAAGACACAAUGGGACAGGACUAUUUUCAAGAGAGGUGUGUGUAUUUAGCUUCCCUCCUUGUCCAUAAUGAUUGCUUGUUGAGGAAUUGGCUGCUCCCGUUCUAAAGCACCAUGAAGCCCAACACCACACAGCUGCUUGACUCUGAAAUGUAGUCCUUUAUUCCAAAUUUCAGACAGGUCAAAUCUAAUUGGCCCAAGUUGGAUUAAGAAAAAGAAAUCAUAGGAGGAAUAAAGAAUAUCAAGAACUGGAUAAAAAAAUGAAGAUACUACCUAUCAAAAUCUGUUGAAUACAUCAAAAGAAGUGUUUUGGAGAAAAUUUAUAUCCUUUAACACUUACACUAGAAAAGAAGAAAGCUCCAGAGUCAUGAACUAAGUGACUAUCUUAAGAAACUAGAAAAUGACAUUUCUCCAAAGAAGACAUACAGAUGGCCAACACACGAAAAGAUGCUCAACAUCAUUCAUCAUCAGGGAAAUGCAAAUCAAAACGACAAUGAGGAAUCACCUCACACUUGUCAGAAUGGCUAGAAUAAAAAACACAAGAAACAAUAAGCGUUGGCAAGGAUGUGGAAAGAAAGGAACCUUCUUGCACUGCUGGUGAGAAUGCAAACUGGCGCAGCCACUGUGGAAAACAGUAUGGCGGUUCCUCCGAAAUUUAAAAAUGGAACUACCCUAUGAUCCAGUAAUUGCACUACUGAGUAUUUACCCCCAAAAUGCAAAAACACUAAUUCAAAGGGAUACAUGCACCCCUAUGUUUAUUGCAGCGUUAUUUACAAUAGCCAAAUUAUGGAAGCAACCCAAAUGUCUGCUGAUAGAUGGAUAAAGAAGAUGUGGUAUAAACACACAACAGAAUAUUAUUCAGCCAUAAAAAAGAAUGAAAUCUUCCAUUUACAACAACAUGGAUGGAGCUAGAGAAUAUAAUGCUAAGCGAAAUAAAUCCGUUAGAGAAAGACAAAUACCAUAUGAUUUCUUUUUUUUAUUUUUAUUUUAUUUUAUUUUUUUUAAAGAUUUUAUUUAUUUAUUUGACAGAGAGAGACACAGUGAGAGAGGGAACACAAGCAGGGGGAGUGGGAGAGGGAGAAGCAGGCCUCCUGCGGAGCAGGGAGCCCGAUGUGGGGCUCGAUCCCAGGACCCUGAGAUCAUGACCUGAGCUGAAGGCAGACGCUUAACGACUGAGCCACCCAGGCGCCCCUGAUUUCUUUUUUUUAAAUACCAUAUAAUUUCACUUGUAUGUGGAACAUAAGAAACAAAACAAAUGAACAAAAGGGAAAAAAAAGAGAGUGACAAACCAAGAAACAGAUUCUUAACUAUAGAGAACAAACUGAUGGUUACCAGAGGGGAGCCGGGGAUGGGGUAUGGAUGAAAUAGGUGAAGGGGAUCAAGAGCACACUUAUCAUGGUGAGCACUGAGUAAUGUACAGAAUUGUUGAAUCACUAUAUUGUACACCUGAAACUAAUAUAACAUUAUAUGUUAAUUAUACUGGAAUUAAAAUUAAAAACUUAACAAAAUUUAAAAUAAUAAUAAUGUUGGGAAAAUUCUGUUUCGUUUUGGGGAAAAAUUUUUAAAAAGGAAAAAAAACUAGAAAAUGAACUAUAGAAUAAACUCAAAGAAAAUAGAGUAUUUCUUCUACUUUUAAGAAAAUUAAAAUAGGGCGCCUGGGUGGCUCAGAUGGUUAAGCGUCUGUCUUCGGCUCAGGUCAUGAUCCCAGGGUGCUGGGAUCGAGUCCCAUGUCGGGCUCUCUGCUCCUUGGGAGCCUGCUUCUCCCUCUGCCUCUCUCUCUCUCUGUCUCUCAUGAAUAAAUAAAUAAAAAUCUUAAAAAAAAAAAAGAAAAUUAAAAUAGUGUUUGCUUCACAGCAUAUAUACUAAAAUUGGAACAAUACAGAGAAGAUAGCAUGGCCCCCGUGCACGGAUGACACACAAAUUGAAAAGUAUUCCGUAUUUUAAAAAAAUAAAAAAAUAAAAAAAUAAAAAAAAGUUAAUGAAAAAGUAAAAUGGAGAUUCUUUUUUUAUUUUUUAUUUUUAUUUAUUUAUUUUUUAAAGAUUUUAUUUAUUAUUUGACAGAGAGAGAGGCAGUGAGAGAGGGAACACAAGCAAGGGGAGUGUGAGAGGGAGAAGCAGGCUUCCCGCAGAGCAGGGACCCCGAUGCGGGGCUCCAUCCCAGGACCCUGGGAUCGU